CCACCGUAGUCGUCGUUAAUGGAGAACUACAUAUACAGCUUUGUGUGACUACAAACGUGAAAUGUACACAUACUACAACACUGGAAUAACUUCACGUCGCCACUGGUAAGAAGAGGGCACAAGAAACUGGGGGUCAGUGGAGGGACCGGACUGCUACGGAGAGGAAGUGGAGACCUUGGGACAGGAAGUAGAGACCCUGGAGUGUGCCGUGGGUUCGGCGCUCAAACGCUCGCCAACAUGUCGGACGCCAUCCUCACUUUCCAAGUCCAGCUCUCCACUGUCAUGGAAACGGUGCUCAAGUCGGCCAUGUAUGAGAUCACCCGGCUGGUGGAGGACAGCUUCCUGGAGGAAGUGGCUCGGAGCAAACAGGAAGUGGAGGCCCUGAGGCAGCGGCUGCAGUGGUCGGAGAGCCGGCGCAGAGAGCGAGAGAGCGGUGGGCGAGCGAGGUGCCUGGACUGCGGCAGAGUCGGAGUUUCCAGCGAGGAGUCAGAGGACCCACCCUCAGGAACACUGUCCGGAGCUGAAGCAGACCCUCCUCCUCCUCUCAGUAAGGGCUGUGCUGAGCCGGAGUGGAGCCCCGCUGUGGGACAGGACACAGCGCCCUCUUCAGGCAGCCUCCUGCCAGAGCGGCAGAGCAGCAGGCCGCGCGGCGGGGAGGCCUGCGGGGCGUACGAGUCGGAGGCGGGACAGGAAGCCGCCGCCCGCAGACUCGGUCUGGCUGGGCCUCAGCGCUGCGGGCCACGCCGCAGUGACCCCGACUCGCAGCGCGUCACCUGGACCACCUUUAAAUUAGGGGACAGCCAAGCUGAGGCGGAGGGGCUGGACCCCCCGUACGCUGCAGCGGCAGAGCCAGCCAGUCCGCAGGCUCACAGGGACCCGCAGCCCCGCCCCGCUGAGGAGGGGGCGGGGAACAGCGCCUCCCCUCUGCAGUACCUUAAUGUGAAAUCGGAGGCGCUGCUCAUUAAAGAGGAGGCGGAGGUGCAGCCCGUGUGCAGUGACGAGCUCAGAUGGGACGUAGCUCACAGGGAGUCCUGGGACAGAGGAGACCUGCAGGUAGAGCACACGGCCCACUCGCCCCCCCCACAGGGCGCAGUGACAUCACUGCAGUGCUUUCCAGAGAAGCUGGAGAGCCUGGCUCUGCACUUCCCUCCCCAGCAGCAGGGGGCAGCAAAGACCAGCUCUGAAGUGGAUCUGAGACAGACCAGAGCACUGGUGCAUCAGUUAACAGCCACAAACUUACGAGCAAAAAGAGGAAAAACCAAGUCGACGGACGGGCAGAGAGAGUUCAGUAAUGUGGCCAGACAGGUACUUACACAGUUCCAGGUUUGGCAGAACGCCUGCUACAGCAAAAAUAUUGACUGGAACCCAGUAACAGCCAAGAUCAUUUCUGCGUUACCCCAGCUACGCGGUCGGGAAACGGAGGUGGUCGACCGCUGCACCAAGAUGCUUCAGAACCGCAGGGAAUAUCUGCGCAGGACUGGCCAGGUCACCCCUCCGAAAUACCUCAUCUCUGGAGCCCCACCUCCAGAAACAGUCCCCAAUCACAUGCUGAGACCACCAGAACCCUUCAGUGCUACAGGAGUAAGAGAUGACUGCAGCACAACUAGGAAUGCUCAGGCUGGUCUGCCCAAGGCCCCGCCCAUCCAUCUACAAGAGGCCCCGCCCACCUGCCCUCCAAUGAACUGAGAUCGAAAGGCAGUACAUAUCUAAAUAAAGUAUGGAUAUAAAAAUGUGACAUUUUUCUAAAA